UUCUGACGAUGUUGGGGAUCUUACUGUUAGGCUUUUUGCUGUUUCUUCUACUCUACCUCGAAAUUAUUUACUCUCUCCCGUUGUUCCUGUUGAUUUUCAUCGCAAGAAUUUACUUUUCUGAUUGCGAUACAGUGCUUCAUUUCUACGCGACGUUUGCGAAGAAACCGGAACCUCGACUCCGAGGAAAAGUUGUUUGGAUAACCGGAGCAUCUAGUGGGAUUGGAGAGCAUUUAGCUUACAGGCUAGCUCAGUGUGGAUGUAAAUUGGUGCUAUCAGCCAGAAGAAGAGAUGAAUUGGAAAGGGUCAAAAAUCAGUGUUUAGGUUCGUAUGAAAUGAAACACUCAGUCGUUUCGAGUUAGUAUCAAUAUACAUGUAGACAUCGUACCCCUUCUUCCCUCUGUCUUAGCCCUUUUGGAUCAGUCUAUCCUACGAAUACAUCCCUCUCUCAUCCCCCCGCCCCCACCCCAAUCGCCGUGCGUUUUGGUCCCAAAAAUUUGAUACUGGUGAUGUAUUAAAUCUGUACAGAAUCUGGCCAGGAGCUCUGAUUGGUUGACAUACAAAUGCUCACAAAGAUCAAAUAUGUAAGGUAGCUAAGGAGUAGUUUUAUUUCUGCUGGCACCAACUGUGCAGCUGCACAGAAUGCAGAAGCUCAUACGAACAAUAAUCAAUGAGGAGAAACAGACAUUCAAACAAACUUAUGUCUGGAACCCCAUGACUACUAGAUCAAUUAAGUAAACAUAAAUUUACAUCAUGAGAACAAAAUUGUUUUGAACCAAACUGCAGAUGUCUCUAGCAAAAUGUAUGAGUGGUGGGGAGCAUUGAGAGGUUGUGGCUGUGAUCAGCUAUACACAUCUCCUUUGCAUCCACAGUAAGGAUCAAUGACCACAUCACAUGGUUUCUUUUAGGUGGUAAAUGAAAAAGAAAACAAACAAACAAACAAAAAAACCUUUGUCUACAACUACUUGUGUUGGCUGCAUUUGGUCAUUGUGAAACCGAGACUUGCAGCAGUGUAUGUGGUAAAUAAUAUUACUAUAAUAACAUUUUUCCCAUUGGUUUCAUUAAAGUAAAUGUCAAUAUCUCAGCUCAGGGCUCAGCUUUAAAGCCGACGUUGUGAAAAAAGAAGAAGAACUAUCAUUUUCAGUAGAUAUUGACGAAAAAUAACAUCUGCAUGCAAAUUUCAUUUUUGUGAGAGGCUUAAAAGAGUUCGAAACGACGUUAAACUUCCUUUACACUCACCAGCUUCAAAAAAAAAAAAAAGAGUCAUUAAUGAAGCACUAUGUCAAAGUUACGUGUGCCUUUCAGUGAGCCCGUAAGUUACCAUGUAAAACAGAAACUUAUGAGAGUGCUAAGUGCGUUCCAUGCAACACCCAUAAGUGUACCCAUAACGGAUUCGGAAGUGACCUACUUAAGUGGAAACUUAGGUGUAGGUUAUAUGCAACCGGGCCCAGGGUCCCUGAUGUAACUAGACUGCUAUCAGUCUCUUAAUUUCUCCAGAUUUUGUGAGGAGAGUGCAAGUAAGGGCGAGUGUUGAGCUGCGUGAUGCAUAUGGGAGAAAUGUGGGAGCAGCCCAGAGGAAUAAAUGCACUUCUCCCAUCUCAUGCCUUUAGGCACACCCAUGGUCAUUUUUUGUGUCUCUCUCCGACGGACUAAGAAAAAUGAGUCAUUGCUUGUAGUCGACUAUUAUGUGACCUAGUGAAUGUCAAAACCAUUCAUUUCAUUUAAUGCGGAGGAAGCCAUGCCUGACCUGCCAGUUUUUGUACUAAUGUGUUUACACUGUUCUUAAUAUUAACCAGUGUCACAGUUUCAGCUUAUCUUGGUGCCAUUCAUCUUGCCAUCAUUUUAUUUCUCUAGGCCGCCAGUCCCUUAUCAGAAAUUAUCUUAACGGCACCUAUCAUAUAAUUUAUUAUCAUGAUUGUGGUUUUGCAGGUUGCAAUGCUUACAACUGUCAGUCAAUAGGCUCAUUUUUAAAAUCCUUCUUCUCUUUGUUGAUGAUGGGUUUGUGGGUUUGAUCAUGCUCUUGGUGGUGAUGAUGAUUUUUAUGGUUUUUAUUAUUAUUAAAUCAUUAUUACAUUUUCUUGUAGAUGUAGCAAGUAAAAUAUUUCCAUUAACUUUUGAAGAAGAUUUUCUUGUUCUGCCACUCGAUGUUACUGACUUUCCAACCCAUGAAGACUGCCCGGAAACAGUUAUCAAACAUUUUGGCAAGGUACCUGAGAUUCAUUUUUUAUACAGUUUGUCUCCAGGAAUCAGAUUUAUUUUAGAUUGUUCAUCCUUGUCAGUGAAUUGUAAUUGUUUGCCACUUUCCUCAACUCUUAAUUACUUCCGGGUGAUUUGAGACCCUUGGCAAAUCCUAAAGGAGACAGCUUUGAGACAUUUGUUUUUAGUUGUAACAACUUCUGUGUGUAGGUUUUUUAUCAAAAUGUAAAAGUGCCUGUGAUUACAUAGUGGGUAAUUCAUUGUUAAAAGGCAGUUAGUUAUAAACAAAAGUGCGAUCAGUGUACAUGUACUUAGGUAGCCUGUCUACAGGCUAGUACUGAUUUAGAGGGAGGGGAAGCAAAACCCAGGGCCCUUCCCGUCAAUAUCCCACUGAAGCUAUUUAUCGUACUGACUGAAUUUUGCGACUUCAGAGUGGCUGUAAUAAAGUGGUAAUUGAACUUCGUGUUGUACAAUUUUGCUCUGAAAUCAUCCUUCUAAUUUCAAAUCAAACUCGUGCUGUGCACUUGUCCGGUUUUAAAAUCACGCGUAAGAUUUUAGGCCAAAUUGCACCCCACUCAGUUCAACUACCAUUAUUAAUCAAAUUUUGUCAUCACCCUCAGAUUGAUUUUCUAGUAAACAACGCAGGCCUUGCUCAAAUGGGGUCAUCUGUGGCCAGUAGUUUGGAUGUAGAUCAGGCCGUGAUGAAGGUUAAUGUACUGGGUGCAAUCUCGCUAACGAAAGCUGUACUUCCUCACAUGGUGCACAACAAAUCUGGCCAAAUUGUUGUCGUGAGUAGUGCUUCAGGGAAAUGUGGUGAGUUUAUUACCCUUUAAGCCCCAGUAUCCACAUACAAAUUCUCCCAACUGAUCUCUAUGCAUUUCCUUACUGAAUUAGAUGAGAGAAUUUGAAAAACGAGAGCAUUUCCCUUUUGGUGAUGAGUUAUAUCAAUUCUCGUAAUCUUUUCUAUUGAUUGCAUAUUGGUAAUGUUGGGAGAAAAUUGAUGUUUGUCACUCUUGGCACUUAUAGGAUUAAAAGGCAAACAAUAAUUCUUACUUAUUUAACCCUUUCACUGCCAGAGUGAAAAAAGGAGUUUUGUAAGGUGGCUCCAACUUUUGAGUCUGUGAACAAAAUUAAUCCUAUGGAGUGACCAUUCAAAUAAAACCUCUCUGCCUGCGAUUUUACAUGGUACUAUUUGUUUUUCCAAAUUUUACGAAAUGAAAUUGGAAGUUUUUGUUGAAUUUUGCCCUUGGCCACAUUUGGCAGUGAAAGGGUUGAGUAUGCCUAGUGGAGAUAAAGUCCCAACGUCAAUAACAACAUCAGUAGAGCAUUAAGAGAAAAAGGUUGUGAGAAAUAAUUAAAUGACGCGGAUCUUAUAUAAAAUUCUCUCAACUGAAAAACUGAUUUAACGGUGUGACGGUUGUAGAAACAAGUCGAUGGACGUUAUUGGGAGUGCUUGGGGAAGGGUGCCCGCGUCCCCUCUUUCAGUUAGUAGGGACCUUACGAAAUUACGACGACGUCGGCAACGUCAAAAAGCAAUAGGUUUGGUUAGCAAACAACAACUCUGCUAGUGCAUCACGCUUUUUUUGUACAUUUUUUUGCUGUCGCUGCGCGACUACGACUUGAAAUGACCAAAUUUUAUUUUUUUCCUGAGGACGGGAACGGCCAAAUUUUACCAUCUCUGUCUGAACUCUUCUUUAAAGAUACUGGGCGACUUGGGAUAACUACGAAAUGAUUUGAAAGGACGCAGAGUUCUAUUUUUCAGCGAGAUUUUUGUGGACGUGGCCGUUGUGGGAUCGUAAGGUCCAUAGUCUCGGCCCUUGGAAAGUUAAAAAGUAGCUAAUAAAAAAUUAUUGUGGUAAACGUUUGCUGCUUCAUUUGUAGAAUUUGCUCGCGUAAAAUGGAAGUUGGGGCAACUUUAUUUACUCCCGAUUUUCUCUCCUAACAUACAAGCCCCGCCCUUUUCUUAGCCUGUGAACAGGCUCUCUGUUUUGGAAAAGGGUGAAAAAAUCGCGAGGAGAGCUGGGGAAGGGAAACAGAGAACCUGUUCACAGGCUACCCUUUUCUCGAUAUGCCCGUUCUUUUGUCAUUGCCAUUGCUACAUGUAAUACUGGUUGUUCACCAAUUACAAAAAGUUACCGGAAAAUCCGAUGGGGUGGUAAAUGCAACGUGUCUUUUUGCGUCGUUCCAGCGGAAAAUUUCCUGGAGCAACGGAAAAUCUGAAAAGGUAAUCCUUUUUUUUCCAAACGGUAGUUCGUGUGCCAUUUCUUCAAAGCCAUUUUUGUUUCAGGCCCUCGCGUCCUUUUUUCGUGAAAUGGGACUGAUUUGUACAAAUGGAAAACGCGAUUCUAGGACGAAAUUUACCAGCUUUGAAUUUUGCUUGCCAUUUGCCCAAACUGUGAACCGACCGGUUUGCCCAUGUAAAUGGCUAAACAAGUACUAUAUCUAAUGACUUUCUUUCCUCUUUACAGCCGCUGGUCCAAAUACCGCAGCUUACGGAGCUUCUAAACAUGCUCUUCAGGUAAGGCAACGUUUAACUUUCAAUUUACAUCACAUGAUAACAAUAAAUUAAUGUAACAGAGCAUUUUAGAGGCUCAUUACAGGUCAACGAUUGAAGGGAACAAUUCACACAGUUGUCAAUACUUAUGAGGGAACUUAAGCAACGACGGCGAGGAUGUCGGUGAAAACGUCGCUAAAGAAAAUCAAUUUACGUCCUUUCAAACUUUUUCGCGUCUAUUUGGACCCCCUCAAUUGGUAAAAUAUAGGCGAUUUUUCCUGAAGUUGAAUUAUUAUUUAAGGUUUUUAUCCCGGUUCAAAAAGAGAAAGGAAAAUUCGUCGUAGUUUGUUCAAGUCCUGUAUAAAACGUCGCAUUAGGAGGUUUCAGGUCAUGGUCGUACAGUGGACGUCAAACAAAUGUACUAAAAAGCUUUCAGAACAUGCAGAGCUGUUGUUGUUUUCAUAAAACCAACUGGUUUUAGACGUUGUUGUCAUGGUUACUUAAGCUCCCUAAUCUUCAACUAAAAGGAAACGGGUUCAUUAGCUUUGAGGGUGGCAGCGUAACCGAGCGGUUAGAGCGUUAGACUUGUUAUCCGGAGGCGCAGAGUUCAAUUCCGGCCCUGACUACAAGCUCGAUUUGUUCUCGGUAGUGCCGAGCUCAAAUCCUCGGCCACGUUUGACAAAUAACCAACUGGUUCGUCUCCCACCAGUUGAGAUUCUUAACCAUUUGACGAUCAUAUUCAACCUACUUUUGAAAUGACUCCUGGGUUCAAACUUUUUACAGAUUCUUAACCAUGUUAUGUUCUUUUUGAAUCAUUUGUUUUAUUAUCCCUGAAAAGCCCUGUAUUAAAAAGGGAAGAGGAUAAUUAGGUCCUUAAAUUCAAAAUUUAAAUUUCCAAGGCGUAACGGGGAUUAUACUCUUUUUUUAAUAUGCAGGGCUUUUUCAACUCCCUACGCUCCGAAGUUCACAGUCAUAAUAUUGGCAUCACUUUGGUUUGCCCUGGUUUAGUUUAUUCCAACAUUUUAAGGAAUGCGCUGCGGGAAAAUACACAGGUAGGGACUUGCUAAACUGUCGUUUGAAUUAUUGUAAUUUUUUAUGGACUUACAGUGAAACCUCUCUUAAGCGGACACCUUCGGGACCUUCCCAAGUGUCCGCUUAAUGGAGGGUGUUCGUUUAAUAGAGGUUGUAAAUAUUGCGCAAUGUUUGUUAACGAUCAACAUUCAACAGUUACUCUGUACUGUGAUAAAGUUGCAUGUUGUUAAAGAAGCUAUCCAAGUUCAAGCUCAUUACCUUUCAUUACCAACUUUCAUUUGUUUGUAAAUGCAAAAACAUGAACUGACUUCAAUACGUGUUUCAAGGAGGUAAUGCAAUUCUACUAUUGUCAAUUCAGUCCGGUGUUUGCUUAAUAGAGAUGUUUAAUAAUAGAAAUUAGCCAAAUACAACUUAUUUUAAUAGUGUCCUCGUCCGCUUAAUAGAGGUGUCCGUUGAAUAGGGGUUCGUUGUAAAGGGAAAUAUCAGACGUUGGUUUCGGAACCCAGCUUAGUGUCCGCUUAAUUAGGGGUCCGCUUAAUUUAAGUUUCACUGUAUUUUGUUUUCGUCAUCAUCACCGUCAUCGCCAUCGUCACCGUCACCGUCAUCGUCAUCGUCGUCGUCAACUUGAUCAUCGUCAUCAUCAUCAUCAUCAUCAUCAUCAUCAUCGUGUAGUAUGAAUUGUUAUUCUUUAUUAAUAUUAUAAGUGACGAAUUACGCCUUAAUUUUGGCGCGAAAUUUCAGCGUUAAUUUGUAAUUUCACAUGUGAAAUUACAAAAUUGCCAUGGUAACCCUUCCGUACAUCUCAGUGUCAAGACGGCGACGAAGUUUUAAAAUGCCGUGAAUGAAGAUGUCAGGGCACAGAAACACGCUUUAGAAAACCUGAAAACACAAGAGAACAUCAAGAAGGAUUCUAACAGGUAUUUUGCCGAAAAAGUCUGAAAAAUUCUGAAUUUUAUAAGCCAAAUUUAAGGUCUAAACAUUUGAGGGAGUGGAGUUCUCGAUCGAUACGAUCCCGGAUAAACAUGUCAAAAAUCCAAGAUUGCUAACGUAAUUCGUCACCCAUGAUAUUAAUAGGUAAUCAAAUGGUAUACUCGUGAAAUUACACGUAUGUGUAAUCAAAUGGUGACGAGUGAAAUUAGGGAAUAAUUUCACUCGUCACCAUUUGAUUACACAUACGCAUUUUUCGUUUUGUUCAUCAUCACUAUCUAUUUUGGGGCCAAAUGGCCCUGUUUCUUUUAUACCUGGUUGUCUAUUUUUAGUAAACGCGAGUACUCUGAUAACAAGCUGAAAGUUAAACCUUUGCUCUUCAUUUCAGUACUUGAUUUGAUAUUACAUGUAUUUCUGACUUGAUUUGUCAUUAUGUGUCGCGUACAGUUGUUUAAUUUUUAAACGUUUUAAAGUCCCUUGUAGACACUUCCUCAUAUCCAGUUUUCACUGUAGUGGGUAACGUCACGCAUGCAGGAACUCUGUUACAUAUUUUGAUAAUUAUUACCUUGUACUCGACAGACUCGUAAAGAUCAGCCAUUUCCUCCCUCCACCAUCAAAACAGAAAGAUGUGUCAACCUCAUCACGAUAGCAAUGGUAAACGGUUUAAAUGAAGUAUGGAUUGCAGUUCCCAAGAGGAUGUUCCAGUUAUAUCUUGCACAGUAUUCGCCUUUCCUGUUCAAUUGGUAA